AAUCGCCACAGGUGGAGAAGAAAUGUAGUAAUCAGGAUGCGUCAUCCCAUGUGAAUGAAACUCACGCUUGCCUGUCUGAUCUUCCUGCAGUGAAGACUGGAUAAGGUGACAUCAGCAAAGAAACAUGGAGCGCAGUUCGAGAGAAAAAGAAUAAACUAAUCUGUACCCGAGAACUGGUAGCGAGGCGUCUUAAUUCGAUUGGUAUCAUAUUUGGCGUGCAUUUUGUUUGGUAUGGAUAUUGUGUAUUGUUCGGCCAAGUACGGCACUGAUCCAUUUGAUUCUCGGGGCGAGACUUGGCUGAAUACAGAUGUGGAACUAACUGCCGCAGCCAGGACAGACAUCGGGAUAUAGCAAAAACAGCCAUUUAGUGUGCAAGUCCAUACACGUAUUAACGAGAUGACCUUGAAGGUGUACUGGCUAGACCAUUUCCGUCGGAAAUGAAAUGGAUUUAAAACAAACUUGUUAUUCUUUACAUAAAGACUGCUGUGCGAUCUAAAUAAAUUUUCACACUUUGAGUGAGAGAAAACGCUAAUUCAUUAUCCUGUGACGCAUUUAUAAAUUGGCAAGUUUGGACGCGUGUUUGCAAAUAUGGUAAUGGUGUUAGUAAAUUGUUUGUUUUUAAAGGCAACACGUGCAAAUAUAAAUAUACUUCUGUCAUACUCGAAAGAAACGAUUAUGUCUGUUACCCAAUGAAUGACGUAUCUAUUGAGUAAUGCACAGUGAUUGCGCGUACGUGCGUGUAGGUACAACGUGAAACUGGUAGUGUUUACUUUCUAAGAGAUUGCAUUACGACGUCUUCAUAAAUAUAAAGAGAAUAUUCCUAAGACAGUAAGGAAAACUGACCGCUAAUCUUCUAAUCUACGAUACAUUAACACCAUAAAACUAAUAUGUACGAAUGUUUGUUCGUACAUGUGUUUGUGUGUAUAAUGUGGAUGGAUGUGAUGCUUUUGGUCGGCAGCAGAUGGCAGUAAGUGUGCGCCGCCCCACGCAACCUUAAACAUGGAGCAACUAGAGAAGGCGGCGCAAAUAUUGAUGGCAUCACCAGAUUUGGUGACAUCAGAACAGCGACAUGAGGCAGAACAAGUGUUUCUUCAGUUACGUAAUACAAAAAAUCCUUUCAACUUGUGUAGACAACUCUUAGAGGGAUCGCAGGUUGACUACUUGUUAUUUGAAGCAGCUACUCUUUUACGUGUUGGUGUUAUUCGGGAAUGGCGAGACUUGAGCAAAGAAGAUAUUUUACAGCUCCGUCAGUAUAUUGUCCACUAUGUUGUCAGCCGGCAUAAUCUCCCACAUUAUGUGAGAGAAACAUUAGUACAGGUUGUUGGCAUAAUGGUAAAAAGAGGCAGUGUAGAAGAUCAGGGGGAGGAUAGAGGAAGACUUCUAACUGAAGUGGAACAACUUGUGUCUGCCGGUGAUAACACUAUGCGUAUGAUUGGUUGCAGUAUUUUAAGUGCCCUCAUGCAGGAAUAUGCUGUGACAGUAAAAUCCACUGAUGUUGGUUUGACAUGGGAAACUCACUUCAAAGCAAAAAAACAGUUUGAGGGGACAGAUUUGCGUCGUAUCUUCCAUUUUAUGGUGAACCUACUGGGAGAAGUAGUAAAAGUAGAAGGGAAGCUGAAUGAAGAAUUGUCAGCUUUGUUGAUGAAGCUCUUGCUGAUUGCUGAAACUACGCUUACCUGGUCAUUUAUAUCGCUACACUUGCCUAAACGUUUAAUGAGUGUUUUUGAACAAGAUCAGAACCCAUCCCUUAGGCCAGGACAGCAAUGGAGGGAAACAUUCCUUGAUCCAAGUAUUGUACAAUUAUUUUUUAAGUUAUAUUGGCGCGUAAGAGAGGAUUGGGAGCUUGGACAUCAUGCAUUAAAUUGCCUAGUCCAAUUGGCUUCUUUAAAUGGUGCAGUGCUUAUAAAUCGUCAGGUUCGCAUUAAGUAUCUCACACAGUAUCUUGAGUGCCUCUUCUCUUUGCUCUCCAGUGCUCAGAUCACAGAAGUUGAAGCUUUAGGCAUCAGCAAUAUAUUCCGCAAGUUGCUGCUGUUCUUUCCGCCUUCAGUUUUGGUUGCGCUCCCAGAAGAAAUGUUACAUCAACUGGUUGAAAAUCUGACUGCCCUUACCUGUAAAUUUGCUCAGGGUGCAGCUCUGGAAGAAAUGUUGGAUCAUGAAGACCAGCUUUACAUGGAAGCAUUUGAACAAAUGUUGCAGUCAUGGGCUUGUAUACUGCAAGAAAGUAGUAAUUGCAAUAGUGCACAGAUAAAGCAGAGUGCAACUUUAAUCUUCGACACAUAUUUAAAAUGUCAUCUUGCGCCGCCUGAUGGAUCACGGAGACCUAUUGAUGCUGAUGAAAUCCCGGAAACUGUUCAGCAAGAUCGUGUAGCCUUCAAGGAUCAAAUGGUGCUAAUUGGUCUCUGUGGGAGGCAGGCUCCAGAACACAGUGUACCAUUGCUAACGCAACUCCUAGAGGACAGAGUUGGUCGAAUGCGCACACAGCUCACACACAUUCUUAGUAACAACCUGACCAUUGCUGAAAAUUCGCAGUUGGACCAGUUGUAUGAAGAUAUUCAUUGGCUGUUACUCAUUGCAGGACAUGUGACGACAAUGGACAAUGAAGGGGAGACUGCAUUAAUUCCAGCAGAAAUGGUGUCCUACAGUAUUAGUGCUGUGCCAAAUGUUAAUUUAGAAGCUACGUUAAGAUUAUUAGCAGCACCAGCUCAAAUGCCAGCUGACAUACCCAACAGUUCAUCAUCAGACCCUCUCAUAAGGAUGAUGAGCACAGUGCUGAGGUUGUGCGAAACAGAAUCACAAGCAUUAAAAGCAAAUUUAGGCCAUUUACUUAGUCCUGAAGUUUCAUCAUCAUUAAUGUGGUUCUUAAGAAGAUUCUGUUUGUCAUAUCUGUUACCAAAUGAGUCUUUCUAUACAGAGUUAAGUUUAGCGUUAAUAUCUGCGUUUGGUCGUGACUCUGAGGGAGCUGCAUGGACUCUAAAUUAUCUGCUGUCAGUUGUGGAACAGACGUUGAGAUUGAGGAGUGCUGAACCAGGAUUGGUUGAAGACACAGUUAACCUCCUAGUCACCAUGGUGGAUAGUAAAGAAAGAGGCCAGCAUUUAGUGAAAACGGAGGGUUUGAUGGAACUGGUGAAGUUACAGCAAAGCGGUACCCUUGGGUCACUAUCUUCAAUUGCUCAAAGAGGUCUUAUGCAAGGUUUGGUGAUGUGUGCAGCAGCAUUAGGUGAAUCUGAAGCCCGUACUCAAUUUUGGACUCAUGUUUUAGAUCCUCCAGUUACCUCAUUUAAGCAACUUGUCUCAGCAGAGUCCUUUGCAAAACAAUACCAGCAAGAGGAAAUGAAGAAGCAGGUUCUGUAUCAUAUUGAUAAUUUUAUAGGUGCUGUUCAAGGUUGUCUCAUGCCUACUGCACAGUGUCUUUUUACUCGUUUGGUUGGUGUUCUGAAUGACAGUGUUCGACUGUUGGAUUUGUAUCAUAACUAUCCUACUGUUGUAGAAACAGUUUUGGAACUGUUUGUUGAGUGUGGGAGACGGAUGUUGUGUUAUCUUACCCCGAGUGCCAGUAAACAGCUGUAUGAAGCAUCUGUGCAGUUAGUUGGAACAUAUGCAAAGCACAACAUUGGUCGGCGAACUGUAGAAGCUCGAGGAGAAGAAGACCAAUGGAGAGAUUUACAGUUACUAAUGGAAUUAUUAACAUCACUUCUUUCCAAAGAUUUUAUAGACUUGGCUCCCACUGGACAUGGUGAAGAUCAUGAAGUUGUAGCUGCAGCUGAUGUGUGUUUGUUUGGUUUGAACAUCAUUAUGCCCCUCAUGUCACAUGAACUCUUAAGAUUGCCAACAUUAUGCUCUCAGUACUUCAAAAUGGUCACAUUUAUUGCUGAGAUAUACCCAAGUAAAGUGUGCCAGUUACCUGAAGAUCUUAUGAAGAACUUGCUUGCAUCUAUAGAAUUGGGAUUGACCAGUUUUGGACCUGAUGUUGGUACCCUCUCCUUUGAUUUCUUGGUUGUCCUUGGAUCUUACAUUCACAAAAAUUGCAACAUGGAAUUUCCUGUACGACAAGGUUUAAGGCCAUUCUUGAAACUUGUUCUUGAUCUGAUCUUGUCACAACAAAUCAAUUCAGAUCUUCUGCAGGCAGCUUCAGCCGCCUUGUACACAUUAAUUUGCUGUUUCCAGGUUGAAUAUCAAGAACUAGUGCAGGCAUUGCUUCAGAGUCAGACAGAUCAAACAAUUGGUCAACGAUUAGCAGAGUCAUUUACUCAGCUGACCACCAAUGUUGAGUUAUCUGCUGAUCGAAUUAAUCGCAUCAAGUUCAGAGAUAAUUUUGAAAAGUUUAUUGCAAAUGUCAGAGGGUUCUUACUUGUGAAGUAACACUAUAUUACUGAAUGCACUGCACAUGAAUCCCAUUUUGUACAUAAUCUCACAACUUCAUUGGUCAGUCAUCAAAGCCCAUGACUUAUUGUAAGUUUGUCAUUUCUUUUAUUUAUAUGUAUGAGAUGUGAAUCUCAGUUUUAAGCAUUUACAUUCAGAGCUGUGAAGGUAGUUCAAGUAACCUUUUUCUCUUAGUGAAUAUGUAGUAUAUGUAAAUUUUUUUAUUUUGAUAGAAUCCACACUUGGUUUUCAUGCAGGUCAUGUUUCAGACGUGUUUCAAUUAAUUCAUAUGGUAGCUAGAGUAUGAGCCUUACUCUAUUUAAUUUAAGGUUGUUUGUGGUGUUGAGAAGUAUUUUAAGAGUAUAGUAGUUAAUCACAUUCUUUCAGAAAAUUGCAUACCUUGAAAACAUGAAAAAUUUAAAGUUAAAUGUGUAUGCAAACCUCUUCAUUUAUCUUAGCUCAAGAAAGAAGUGAAGGUUUCUGUUGAAAUCAAAUUUACUAAAAAUAUUUUUCCUACUAGGUGAUUGGUAGCUACUAGCACUUGACUGUUUUCACUGUUCCUCAGCCUCAGUACUGUAUUCCUUACAGUGUAUUGUUUUAAGCUAUAUCAAUCUUUGGGUACCCAAAUGUUAAUAUACACAGUUAUAUUACUUUUAGCUGUAGUUAACACUUCAUUAUGUUGUUAGGUAACACUUGGAUGGUAUCUGAUUGAAGAGAAGACACAAACUAAUUAUACUCCUUUUAUAUGUGCUUGUGUAGGUGCAAUGUUUGCUUAUAUAAUUGAAUUUGUUGGUAUACUGAGUUCAUUCUUGCCAAAAUAAUGGGUAAUAAUGCCAUUAAAAUUAAUUUUGAUGUCAGUCAGGUAGUCAAAUAUUGCACCUACCUAAAUUGUUGAAGUGAAAUAUGUGUGAUUAACUAUCAUAUAAAAAAUUUAAAAGUUCAUUUAGUUUACAAUAUGUAAAAAAUUUUUCUACAUAUGGCACUCAGUGGUGAUAUAACUUAUUUCUAAAUAUUUAAAGUCAGUCCCAUAUUUGUAUAUUUCUUAUCAUGUAUUAAUAGAAAAAUUUGUUCAAUAUUAUACAAAGCCACUGAUCAAAUAUAUCAAUAUUACUCUUGAAAAUAUUCCAAGUUGAUUGGCACUAAUGUAUAAUUUGGAACAUUAGUAAGGUGUACCAUGAUCAGCUUAAAGUUAUCCAAUGGUAAGGAUACAUUUGAAAACACUUUAAAUGAAUACUGUUCAUUGUUUCAAGAAUUUUGCUAGCGCAUGUGGCUUAUGCUCAUUUUCCAUUGUUUGUAGUGCUUGAGUAUGUUAAUACUCAACAUAUAUGCAUAACAAAAAAAAGUUUUGCAAAUGUUUGUGCUAUUUGUUUUAAGUUUUGCCAAAGUAAAAGUUUGAUAAGGCUUAUUUUUUAUGGAUAUUUUGGUGUACUUCAGUCUUUUGUGUGAUAAAAUGUCCAAGAUAAAUUGUGGCUAAAAUUUAGUUUUGUUCAACAAAUCAUAAUUGCAAGGAAAAUAGAAAUAAACUAAUAAGAGUAGUUAAGGGUUGAAUUCAGUAGUUCAGAUUCAUAUUAAUUAAAAGUUUCAGUAUAUAUAUAUAGAUAAUUUUUCCCUCAUAAGACAUUACUUUUCCUCUUUUUAUACAACAACUAGAAAGAACUUGUAGUUUCUGCAUAAUUCAUAUGCAUAGUUAAUGGCAUGCACUGAUCAUGCUGAUUUACAAAAAUAUUGUCUUUUUUUGCACAUGUACUUAGAAGUAUAUAAAGCUUAGCAUUUCUGUACACUGAAGUUGAAUUCCUUUAUUGCUUAGUAAUGUUUAAAUCUACGUUAUAUUAGUAAUGGACCAUUUUGCAUGUAAUUCAGUUUGGGUUUUUUUAUUUUUCACUUUUAAGUUGGACAUGUAGGGGACUAUAAGUAUUUUCUAUACCAAAAUUGAGAAUAUUGAAAACAUGGUAAUGUACAUUCCCUCUGUACCUUGCCAUCUAAAAGAUCAUUGGGCUUCUCUUCACUACAAACUUAUGCAUGUUAUUGAAGGACACCUGCUUUAAUUUAGCAAAGUAAGUUGUUAUGGUACCAGUAUUUUUAUUUACAUAAAUGUAAGGCUCAUUUAUAUAAUGAUUACUGUACAGUUUAUAUGGCAUUGUGAACAAAUGAAGUGGAGAUCAUAAAGCUGUUGAAGUGUCCAUGAUUGGAAGAGAAUACUAGAGCUAAAAGUUAUUCAGGAAAUUUGUUCACAAAGAAAAUUAAGGGAAAGAUGGUAGGUAGGGAGCAAUUUAGAAACUCAUAAGCUUAGAAAGUUCAGCCCAUGAUUAAACGACCCUCCCUCUUAGUCCAAAGAAAGCUAUAAAGUUUUGAGAAUUAAACAUUGUUUUUUGUUAAGUAAAGGCUUUAGUUGUGUUCCAGUUAGUUCCUGUUGCUGUUUGAAUUAUGUUACAUAUUUAUUUUUGAUCAUAUCAACAUGCUAUUUACGUUCAGAAGUUCUAUUUUUUUAUGGAAGACUUUGGUUUUGCUAACGCAGUAAUGUUACACUUUAUUUUGUGUUACUGCGUAGGAUUUUACAGUGAGCAUGAUUCUGAGAAAAUGCAAAGUAGGCCAUGAUUUUUAAUUAUAUUGGUAACGUUAUUUUUAAAUAAUUUUAGAAAUAACCACAUAAAAAUUGGAAUUAUGGAAUGGGAUCAUAUUGUGAUUUAAGUAGUUUUCAAGUUGAUUAGGGCAACUACUGAAACUCCUAUCCCCCUAUGAUAUGACACUGCUGAGUGAAAAUGCCAACAUAGGACAUUACCAAAAGCUGAAUGAAAAUGCUAACACAUGACAAUAUCCUAAAAAUAGUCAUGGAAAAUGAUAAUACGUAGAAGGAAAUUUCACAUAAUAAGUAGUAGAGAGCAGUGAAGUUGUAAUUAAAGUGAAAGUAACAAUCAAAGCAAAAUAGUUGUAGAACAAAUUGAGCUUCAACAUUCAGUUGCUGAAAAGUAAGAGUGGUAGACAUUGGCUCUGAACUUGUGUGAUCUUUAUAAUCUGCUUGACGUAGAUCUUGGAUGCAGCUGUUAUAUGAUGCAAUAAAAAAUUGAUUUGUCGCUGAACCCCACGCUGUGUGUAAAGCUCAUAUUUUCUGGGAAGGUAGUUUUCCUUUUUACACUGGUCUGGGAUCUUUGAGUAAUUUGGUUAAAAGAAUCGAUUUGGGACUACUACUACUAUUUUUUUUUUUCUUUUACCAGUUUGAUGGGGAGUUGAUUAAUUGGCAAAACCAUUAAUUAUUAUGUAAUAGAAUUAAUUUGUCUCAUGAUUUAUUUAGCAACUCAUCCAAACAUGUGCACUUUAUCACUUAGAUCUUGACAGAAAGAAAUUUAGCCUAUAGAUUUGGUUGCACCAAGUAUCGAGUAUACAGUUUAGUAGUAGUUAGUAACAUUAAUUGCCUGCAGUUCAAAUUGUUUAGAUCUUUGAAAGUGUAUAACCUUCGUUAUGGAUUGACCAUUCUGAGUGAUACGCCAUGUUAUUUGUAGUGGAAGUAGUACAUGUGCUUCGUCCAGGGCAUUGGCCCAUGUUAAAAUGAGCUUAUACCGUAGUAAUUUUUCUAUCUUUUGUUACAUAAGUGAUAUUUAGCACAUAUAAUCUUAAUUGAAGGGAUAAGGCAUUUUGAAGUGGGUAUUUUAAGUGUUGGCAAAGAGUUUACCAACUACCUGCAUGUCUCUUAGUUUAUUAUAAUUUUUAGGUUUUUUUCUCAAGGUAACAUUUUUUCUACCUUGAAGUCAAGAAAUUCAUAUAUUUCAUUUCUUUCACUGUGCAUAUCUUUAUAUUUUGAACUAAUUACUGGAAUGCUGUUUAUUAAAACGUGUUUUAAGUUCCUGCAGAACUUGAAUUCCGCCAUUUAGCAUCAAUAGUAAUAAAAGCUUUUGAUAUACAUUCACUUCACAUAACUUGUAAAUAUAUGAUAUAUUAAAUAACAUAUCUUGUCUUUAUAUACAAGGUAAUACAUCUCUUUGUAAUGCAUUAUGUAAAACCAGAGUAGCUGUAAAUAUGAUAGAUUAUGUAUCAACAUCUCAUUGUAGUCGCGGUAACUUUCGAUUAAACUACAACAACCACUACUACUACUUGAAAUCCACUGUCUAUUUUUCAUUCUUUUAAGGUGCAUUUGCAAUCUAUUGGUUAUUUGAUAUUGCUUGAAGUUUUAUUGAUGGUAUGAGGAUUUUAUAAAUGUUUAAUGUAGUUUUCAUUCAGCUCCAUUUUUUUUAAAGGCCAUAUUGUUUGUUUAUAAGAAUGUCCUGCCAGUCUGAAGUAUUUUUCCUGUAAUAUUUGGAAUUUAGUGUUACAAGUCAUGCUUUUUUUUUUUCCCAUUCCAUUUUGUGUGGGAAAUAUUUCUGUUUACACCUAAAACAUGGUAAGGUUUUGCCUUGUUUUGAUAGGGCAAAAGUGGACCAGUUGUAUGUUAGAUUAAACCAAACUGGCAGGAAAGAGUUUAAAGUUUGAUACGUAUAUGACUAAAAAGUUUCAAGUAUUCUAUGCUUGCAGCAGAACAUAGUUUCUUCUUAGGUGUUUCUUUUCCAUUUUUAUAUCUCACAACAAGGAUACAGUCAAAGUCAGAACUGAAGGGCUUUUAGCAAAUGCUCUUUUGACUUCCUAAAGUUACAUAGUGGUAGGAUUGUAUGUAAUUUUCAAUACUUCAGUGCUGUUUGUCUUUUUAAAAUAAAACUUUCUUUUCUUCCUUUUUCAAAAAUUGUAUUUCUACAUAACUGUCCUCUAUCUUCUUGCUGUUGUCUUUUUCGAGUGCACUGAAUAUAUGUAAUCUAAUGGUCUUGUGCACCGAACUUUGGAUAAAUCAGCCAAUCUGUUACAAGCGUCCGUCCAUCAUCUUUAAAACUGUUGGGUGUUUUGGUAGGUUAUGUUUUACAUUUCAAAAUGUGAAGUUUGUAUACACAGGGUGGCUAAAUUAUAUUCCGACUUUAACCUUUUUUCUAAUAGGUUGUUUUGUAUCAUUAUUUUUUUUUUCUUUUUUGUUUGUAUGCUAAAUUACAUCAUGCAAUUUGUACUCUUUAGAUUUCCAAUAGAUUGGUAAUUGUUGCUUUUACUUAAUAGCAAUUACUAUUUUUUGUACUGUCCCUUUGGCUGUAUAUUAUAAAUGUAACAUCUUUUUUAAAUUCAUGUUUUGAAAGUCUUAUCUUGUAACUUCAAUUUGUAGUGGUAUAGGGAAGAAAGGCCAUGAUUUAUGCUAGGCAAGUAUUUUAUAAAAUUGGGUCAGGAUUAGAAAUUGUAAACUUGGUAAUGGUUAUCCAUUUUUGUCUGCAAGUAACUCUCUUGACUACUUUUAGUAGGGAAUUUUAAAUUGCAGCUUGGUUUUUACGACCACCUGUUGCACAAGUUUUUAAGUCAGACUAUUCCAUUUUUUUCCACAAGGUAUGAAAGUCAGGAGUUUAUAAAUUUUGAUAUUGUUUCCUGUUAAAAGAUCAAUAAUUAAUAAGAGACGUCUAAAGCAAAGGUUGCCUUUAUACUUUAGAAAUGAGUUACAUUGUUAAUCUCAAAGUUUCAUUAAAGGUUAUUUAAAAUUAAUUUAGAUUUUAUGCUCUUAAUUAUUGUAUCCUAAUUUAAGCAAGUUCGUGUAAUUUCAUAUUAUGAAUAUUUUGAUAGAGUGUGGAGGAGGGCUUUAUGAGUCAUUAAUCCUACUAUUGCUUGGGUUUCUUUUCUUUCUUUUUUUUGCUGAAAAUUUUAAGAAAUGAAGGGUUUGAGUAGAUACAGUGUUUCUCAUUUUUGGCCAUUCAGGCAAUUUAAUUUUACCUCUGAACAGGAAUAACAUUGGGUCUGUGGUGUGGUACAUAGUUAAGGUUAAUCUCUUAUUGCACUAAUAAGCACUUGAUGAUUGGCAGUUCUUAAUCACUUUAGUUCAAUAUAAAUAUUUUGUCCAAAUCAAAAACUUGUUUCCCUUCAGUCUGUGUGAUGCUUGGAAAGUACAUGUUUUUUGGUUAUUGUAUCAACUCUACAGUAUAGCAUUUAAAUAUCUAGAACUCUUGUGUUUAAGUUUAUAUGCGGUUACGUUUUCCUUGAUCGGUCAUAUAACUGACUGCCAAUGACACCUGCGUUAUUUUAGGUUUUUACUGUUAUUAAUUCUUUUCUGUGUUCGUGCUCAGACUCAAAAAACCCUGAACUUGAGCCUUUUUCAGAGCAGUCGUGUGUAGAUUUGUAUGCUUCGCCGUAUUAGAGCCCAAACUUCUUGUAUUCAUACUUGGAAAUAAUAUAAGGAUCAGCACUUUAUUUUCCUAUAUGCAGUUGUUAGAGAAAGUAGAGCACUGUAUUGAUUUUAUUGUAAAUAAUUAACCAAAAAUUUAUUGUCAUGUAGAUGGAUCACUUAUGAUGUACAUUGCAUUUGAAGUGGGGUAGAAAUUUUCUUUAUUUGUAGGCUCUUUAGCCUUUUUUUUUUUUUUUUUAACUACAUAAACAGAUUUCUUCAAGACGAAUUGAAUAUAAAGUCAUGUCUGUAUGGAGAUGAAAUCCAUGAACAGUAUACUGUAUUUUUGCGAGAAAUGUAGCAACUCAAAAAGGUUAGCUUAUCGGUCUCUCCAUUGCACAACUUGACUAUGUUAAUGUUUGUUAAAAUAUAUAUAAGGUUUUUCUUACAUUGUACUUAUUAUAUGUGAUCAGUCUUUUUAUUAUUAUUAUUUUCAUGUUUAUGAUUUGGAGUUAAACAUUUAUUUUUGUACAUUUCUGAUAUGUAGUCCUACAAGGAAGAUGAAGCAGCAUUAUGCAGUUAUUUCGCCGAAUAGUAUUACCAUAAUUUGUGUUAAUUGUAGAUCUUGGUAACUUUCCUGUUGAUUAAUACAGUUUUAGUGUGAUCAUGUAGAAAGUCCUGGUAAGCUCAAUGUAAUAAUGCUGUCACUAGCUUUCUUUUUUAAUAACUUGAAGUAAAAGGUGCACAAUGCUGAUGAUAUAUAUGGAAAUAAGGAGAAAAAGCUUGCUGGUGCAAGACAAAUAAAGUUUUCAGUGUGUUUUGGGUGCUUUGUCAUUGUAGAUGCUGUAGUGUAAAACAGCCAAGGGUCCAUUUUCUUUCAUUAUGUUAUGAUAUUUCUUGAAUAUGUUGGAAAUGCUUCCAGUACUACUAUGGCAGGACUAGUUCAUAAUUGUAACUAUAGUUUUCUGUACACAGUAGGAAGAAAAUAUUGAAUAGAGCCAUUGUCUCUAACUGAAUGGCUGUAGUAAGUGCUAGGCUAUUUAGCAUAAAUGUUAGGUUAGAGCAUAUUCUAUUUACAGUGCCACACUCUUGUCUUGUCCAUCAUAUUUCAAGCCAUAGAUAGAAUCAAGUUAUGAAAUUGAUCAUUAGUUUUCAAAUAUGUUGCAAUGUGCAUAAGGUAAGGUAUAAAAUGGUUUACAGAAUGCUACUCAAGUAUUUUUCCUGUCAAGUAAUGCAAGUUCAAGCAUAAACAUUGUUACGGAAUAAAUAGGAUGGCCUUUGUAUUUGUUCUAUACAAAAAUAGAGCCUGGGGUAAUAUUUUUCAGUGAACAUUUUGGAAAAACAAAAAAAUCAUAAUGGUCAAAUUACAUGACAAUACUACUUAAUUUGUUGUCUAAAAUUUUUUGACAAAUUCACUUAGUACCAUAUCGGGUUCAUGUCAGCUAUCUUAGUUGUUAUUAAAAGACACACAGUGUGCUUGGUAUAUGUUUACAGGAAAUGUUCCUCCUUGUAAGAUACUGUAGUUCUUUACACACGGCAUAACCACUCUCAACCUUCAUGUGUUCAUGAAACCAAUUGUUAAGAGCAGCAUCUGUUAUGCCAUUUUUUUAUUAGCCUAUGGAAAGCACUGUAAAAAAAGUUUAUGCUGUAGCAUUUAUGCUUCAUAACUUUUUAUCUAUGAAUGGUGUUCUGAAAAGUUUUGUGUGCUUUCAUUACAGUCUCAAAGAAUUAACCAAUAGGGGGAUCAGAAAAUUUAAAAUUUAAUAUUUUCUCAAAAAAUUUGGAACUAUUCUGUUUUGUAUAGAUUAAUACCUGCAGAUCGAUAAUGUGAAGUCUUGAUUUAGGUUAGUAUGUCUGCAUAGUCCAGCCAUUCUGUAGGAAAAUAGUUAUUUUCAGAUUUUUUAAGAUUUCAAAGCCUGAAUCAGAAGGUACUAGGUAGCAAAUAGCAUAUACUUCUCAUAUUGCCUAAAUGUACAAAUUAAGGUGUUUACCUUGUUGAUAAAGCUUUGCUUACUUGUAUUGCUGAGCCAAAGAAAUGAGGCAGUAGUUAUCUUUGAAGGUACCACAAAAGAUUUAGUAUUGUGAUGCAAAGUAUUGUGUAUGCAAAAGUUUGUUGAUUGCUUUCACUUACAAAGUUUGUUAUAUUAAGAAUAUACAGUUUCUUUUUUAAUUUAAUUCAUUAUACCAGGUUGUGUGAUUUGGUAAUUAAACAGAAUUUGCAUCUUCAUGGAUCACUAUUGCCUGAGUUUUUCAUUCAUUCCUGUGCUAUUGAUGUCAUAGAAAUAUUUCUGUACGUUCAUCCCAAAUACAGUAAAUAGUAAUGUGAUGCAUAUCUUUGUGCACGCAGCAAACUUGCUUGGCUAUUAUUGUAUUUCAUGUUUUUUCACUAUGACCUCUAGUUCUAGUAUAUAUAUAUUUUUUAUGUCAAGAUACAAAGACAAAAAAUGGUUGAAGUCAGUGACUGUCUCUUGUAAGUAUAUGAGCUUUAUUCAAUAAUUGUGUAUAUCAGAAUUUAGGCAUAAAAGUUUGUCAAAGUGUACAGGGGUUCGUGAUUUUGAUAAUGACAUAUACAGUCCAGUUUUGUAAAACACUAUUACAGUGAUUACCUACUUUUCUGAAAUGGAAUGUUUGUGAUUUAAGCAGUAAUAUUUAAGUAUGUUUUAUUUUGUUCUUUUAUGUAGAUUAAAUGCUUUAAUUGCUGUGCUCCUUACUCAGAUGUGAAUGAGUUUCAAACUAUCCAUGUAAAUUUGUUUACUUGCCUGAGAGCAAUGGUUGCCCACGUGUAACCACGGGCUGUGAUUUAACUGCUAUAGAAGCAAUAUUGUGAAUAAACUUGGCAAUGUUGUGAUUCACAUUUCAUUAUUUUUUAUUCAACUUUUUUCAUUUUAUUUUUCUCUACCAAGAGAAAGCAAUCUUUCUUUAGAGGUGUGAAAUGUGUACAGCAUUUCCAUCACUUUACAUUGUUCUCUUUCCAAUAAAUGAAUAAACAAACGUAA